AUGCAUGGUGUUGGAAUGCGGGAUAAAAAACAUUUCACUAAAGAUUCAAUACAGAUAGCUCCGUUUGUGUUACUGCCAUCUCCAUUCCCUAGCACUGAGUUCAAUAAAGCAAUUGAAUUGCAACCCAUUCUUAAUGAACUGAUGCAUAAGGUAGCCCAUGAUGAUAAAUUCUUGGAACAUACACUACAGAAUGCUCUACAAGUAGAUGAGUUCACAGCAAACUUGUACGACAUAUGGGUCAAAGUCCGGCAAGAGGGAAUUACACAGUCGAUCAUGCUUGGUCUCUUCCGCUCCGACUACCUGAUGCAGUGUACAGAGGCGAACCGAAUAAAGCAAGUGGAGAUUAACACGAUAGCGUCGAGUUUUGGCGCCAUCUCGUCCGAACUUCCCGCCAUGUCUCGCUACAUCCUUCGCCAAUUGGGUCACGGGGAUCUAAUCAAAAAUAUGCCGGUGAACAACGCGCUGUCGGGCCUAUGCGCCGGCAUCGUCCAGGCGUACGAUCUGUUCGACGUCGCCUCGGCGAUCAUACUCUUCGUGGUGGAGGAGGUGUCGUACAACAUAUGCGAUCAGCGCUUCCACGAGUUCGAGAUAUCCGAGAAGAGGCCCGACAUCCAGAUAUACAGGAAGACGUUGAACGAAAUUUACGUCGAGACAACACUCAACGAUAAGAAACAACUUGUACUCGACGGGCGGCCUGUUGCUGUGGUGUACUACAGGUCCGGCUAUGAGCCCGCCCAAUAUCCCUCCAGCAGGGAGUGGGACGCCCGGUUACGUGUGGAGAGAUCCACCGCCAUCAAAUGUCCGUCGAUCCAGUACCAGCUGGCGGGCACGAAGAAGGUGCAGCAGACGCUGGCGGGGGCGGGGGUGCUCGAGCAGUUCGUCGGCGGCGGCGCGGCCGCAUGCCGCGUGAGGGACAUCUUCACGGGCCUCUACUCGCUGGACUUCGACGAGGGCGGCGAGCGGGCGGUCGACAUGGCGCUCGCCGACGCCGAGAGGUUCGUGCUGAAACCGCAGCGGGAGGGGGGCGGCAACAACCUGUACGGGGCGGAGGUGCGCGAGGCGCUGCUCAAGAUGCGCCACAGCAGGGAGAGGGCGGCCUACAUCCUCAUGGAGCGGAUCCUGCCGCCCCUGGUUUCCGGAUACGUAGUGCGACCUGGUGCUCCCGUGCCGCCUCCCCUUAGCGACCUGGUAUCCGAGCUGGGGAUAUUCGGAGUAAUUAUCGGUACAAAAGACAAGAUAUACUGCAACCGCCAGGUGGGGCACAUGCUCAGGACGAAACUGGCCGACGCGAACGAGGGCGGGGUCGCAGCAGGAUUGGGCGCCCUGGACUCACCCUACCUGCUGGAAAUG